GCCGGCGCGUUCGCUCCGGAUAACUUGUUGCGAGCAGACGGAAGGUUUGCGUCUCCUGCCACAGUUACGCCUCCUUACAUGUUGAAUGCCCUCAACGGAACCAGAGCUUUGCGGCUCUUGUUAUCGCUUUGAGGAUGUUCAGUUGUGCUCUGAAAUGUUUCUCAGUUUGGUGCCAAUGAUGAUCGCUAGCUGAAGAUACUUCUUAACGGGUUUGCGCUAAUUUUUUCCACAUUUUCACCACUCAGAUCUGCAUCAGGUGGAUGGACUGAAGACAGAGGGAAGAAUGGACGACAUCAGCUUUGCGGCUCAAUGCCUGGUGCAGCUGGCAAACGGUCGCUACCAAUUCCCAGCGCCGCUGGAUUUAUCCCAUAAAGAACCGGAGCUGCAGGAAGAUCAGCAGAAAGACACUGGAACCAAGUCCAGCUAUAUGGUGAGCCGCAUCCUAACCGAUCUGAAGCAGAUCGAACAGGAACCAGUACCAGAAGUCCCGGAAAAUUUUCCGGAGCCGAAGAAACAGACCCGGAAAGUGUCGGUGAUGGCGGUGCACUUGAGCAGAAGCAAAAUGGAGAAGAAAAUGAACUCGCGCGACAAACUGUUCGGGACGAAGAAAAUGUCGGUGUCGCGCAAUACAUCGGGCAAGCGACAGAUGCGAAAAGUGCACAAGUGCUCCUACGAGGGUUGCAACAAAGUGUACGGCAAGAGCAGCCAUCUGAAGGCCCACCACAGGACGCAUACAGGAGAGAAGCCAUUCCCUUGCGAAUGGAGCGGCUGCAGGAAAAAGUUCGCACGAUCCGACGAGUUGGCGAGACACACGCGCACGCAUACCGGCGAGAAGAACUUCUCCUGCCCCGUUUGCAAUAAAAAGUUUAUGAGGAGCGACCAUUUGACCAAACACGCCCGAAGACACCCGGACUUCGACGCUUCUGUGCUGAGGCAGCGUCGGGCCCCAAACAGGACUUUCUCAAUCAAUUCCAGCGAUGGCACCCCAUCCGAAGUGCUGUCCGACGCCAUGCCGAGCCCUUAGAUGAAACGGCCAAAUAUUCACGUACAUGUUGUGUAAAUAGGAAAAUAUAUUGUAUACUGCUUCUGUUACGUC